GGAGCUGCUCUGGCAGUCGGUUGUCGGCUUCUCUCGGCUAGGGACAUGCGCAGCGACCCGCGGAACGACAGGUGCGCGUCGCGCCGACGACCGCGAAUCGCUUAGUUUCGGGUAAGCGCAUGAUUCGCCUCCACCAGCUCUGUCCUCGCUCCGACCCGCCAGUCGCUCGCGACUCUGUCUCUGAUUCGGUUGUUCGCUCCUGCUAAUCUCGUCAUCAACAUCUCUCUCUCUCUCUCUCUCUCUCUCUUUCUCUCUUAGAGAUUCGAGAUCAUCGGCAACCGAAAGAGAGAGAUCGUCCUUUGGUGACGUGAUCGUGCGAUCGCGGGUCCUCUCGUCCUUGUGAGGAUCAUCCGCUAGAUCCCUAUCGACUGACGACGCCCUGGAGUAGCGAAAAAACUCAUCAGCACUUAUCGAGCGCACGUGUUCUUCCCCUCCUCUCGCUUUUCUUCCUGUCAGUCUUUCUUCUCGCGGAAAACCUUCAUCGACAGACAACUCUCCUAUUUCGGGGGUGGUGAACGUGUUUGUUCAGUUUUCUUCCCUGUUCGAACGUUCGUCGCGCGUUGUUUUCCCUUCGAGCGCCAAUUUCGACAAAACGCGAUUUUCUUCUUAUAACGUUGAAUCGCUGAAUUCCGGAGUGCCAGUAAGCGUAGGUAUAUCGUGCUGAUGAAACAGUGAAUUUCCCGCCGAUUUCACUAAUUCGACGGUGAUUGUGGAUUACUGUGAUUAUCUUGGUGAACGCGCGCGGUGCUUUUGAUGAAUGUGGUGAGGAAAGUUUAGACACGUCGGCAUUCCGGCCUCCCUGGUGGAUCCCUCUCGAUCAUGCACCGAGGACAGGAUCUCUUCCACCCAAGUGUGGGAAUGCGGGCGGCCGCGGCGGUCGUCUUCCUGUUUCUCGGCGGAUUCGUCGUCCUACGCGGAGCCGAGGGGAGCGGCGAACCGUGGUUGAGAAGCGAGAAGCAGGCCGAGUUGGGAACGGAGGUUUUACUACCCUGUGUCCUGAAAUCACCGCAGUGCGAGGGUCUGCAUAGCAUCAAGUGGUACCACGGACCCACGAGGAUUUUCAUUUUCAGCGAGGACGCCGGGAUUAUACGCGGCAAUAACGACUUUGCUGCCAGGGCGGACAUAGAAUAUUCAUCGAAUUCAUCAAAAACGUAUUUGAAGAUACCUGAGGUUCAACUGGAGGACGAGGGUCUAUACAAGUGCGAGGCUACGUAUUUGGCGGUCAACCGCGAGUGCAACAACGUGCAGCAUAUUAUUCUCAACAUCACAGUGCAACCAGAGUUUGUACGUGUCGUCGAUGAAAAGUCGAAGAAUACUCUGAGUACCGGUGCCAUUUUAGGACCUAUAAAUGAGGGUACAACAAUAUCUUUGUAUUGCGAAAGUGGAAAGGGCAAACCUGUACCUAUAGUAGAGUGGUUUAAGGAUGACCAACUACUCGAAGUAACGAGCUCGUCAACUAUCACUGAUACCGGAAUUGGUACUGGCAGUAGUUUACUGGAGAUGCAAAUUACACGAGAAGAGUUAGGUGCAACAUUCACGUGCAAAGUCAACAGUAUUGCACUCGUGGAGCCACUCACAAUUGAUAUCAAACCAGAUGUACAUGUACGUCCGCUAAGGAUGGACUUGGAUGGCGUAGUUGGUCAUGUCGUGCAGGGAACGAAAAUUUUAUUGCAAUGCAAGGUGCAAGCCGCUCGACCUGCCGCCAAUAUAACGUGGAAGAACGGAACGCAUCUCUUAAACGAAGACAACGAGAGAUUCGAAAUGUUUGAGACGAAAAUAGAAAAAAAUGAGGACGAUACAUUCGAUACGAUAAGUUAUCUCGCGUUUACAGCAACGGUAUACGACAACGGCAGAACGUUCAAAUGUUACGCCGGGAAUACGGUUACCGAUACCGAAGAUUUAAGGCAAAUGAAGGAAGCAACAACGAUCGAAGUAUUAUACCCGCCGAUAAUUAAAAUGAAGCCAAAUAACAUGACCGUUAACGAGACAGACGACUUUUUAAUAUUCUGCGACUAUGAGGCAAAUCCGGCUACGCUAAUAAAGGUGAUAUGGUUACGAGACGAUGACGAAUUAGUGUUAAACGAAGAACAUUACGACGGCGGAAUCACGGAACAAACAGCACUCACGGUGAAAAAUGCAACUCCCAGCGACAUGGGUUCUUACAAAUGCAUCCUGGAAAACAACGCCGGGACAACUGUUUCCGAUGACGCCGUACAUGUUUCGGUCUUUUAUAAGCCGAUGGUGGAAGUGAUAAUGGAACCGGAAACACCUGUGAACGAAGCGGAUCGUCAGAACGUUUCGUUAACGUGCGAGGUCGACGCCGGCAAUCCAGCGAUACUGACAGCCGUUCGUUGGUAUUUGGACGGAGAUCUAUUGAAAGAACUUCCGGACUGCUCGAGGAGCAGCAAUGCGACGACAGCAAGCUCCGAGGAAUCAUUGGCAUUCUGUGACAUCGACCCCAGCAAACUGCUCCUGGAAUCUGUCGGACGUACCUUUCACGGCAAUUACUCCUGCGAGGGGAAAAACGAGGCUGGUUGGGGACCCACUUCCCCGAGCACACCUGUCAUAGUUUAUUAUAAACCCGGCCCGGCAUCGAUAACAUACGAACCUCGGCAAGUGGUGAAGAAACAAGCGUUAUCCAUCACUUGCUUCGUUUUGGAUCCCGGCCGACCGAGGGUGUCGGGCUUCAAGUGGCUGCGCGGCUGGCACCGACUUCCAGACGAGAACGAAGCGACGCUUUUCAUCGAGUCAGUUAAUUUAGAAACCGAGGCGAAUUUCACGUGUCUGGCUUACAACGAGGCCGGUGACGGAGAGCCAGCCACAACGUUUAUCGACGUAUCUGCGGCCCCGACGUUCAUUAAGAAGCUGCACUCGUACCGCGGCUACGUCUACAACUCGCCUAACGUGAGCAUUACAUGCUGGGUCGAAUGCGCCCCAAUCUGCAGUAUUUCCUGGCUGAGGGAUGACAUUCCCAUGGACUUCACGAAAACGAAUCGAUACUACGUGUCGAACGUUUAUCAUCCGCCUGACCCAAGGACCAACGACUUCGAGAGCAUCCAAUCGACCCUCGUAUGGAAUCUGACGGUCUGGCCGAACGGUCAGCUCGACCGUGCCGAGGAUAACGUCAAAUUCACCUGCAAGAGUAGCAGCAACGGAAUCGGUCCGGGCGUGGAGAGUAGUACUCACUUUCAUGUCGAGUUUCCUCCGGAGGAUAUUACAAUAUCGAAGAAGAUAAUCAAUGUGACAGUGGACACGAUACCAGAAACCGUCGAAUGUAAUGCGAAGGCACGACCGAAACCAAAUUUUCGAUGGUUCCGCGAAGGAUCCGUUGGGCCCAUUGCAGAAGGCCACAUGUUUGACUUGAAAAUGCCAGUACCACGACGUAGCAAUGGCACUUACUACUGUGAGGCGUGGAAUCGUCAUGGUUUUUUGAACAUCUCAAUGAUCAUGAAUGUUCAAUUUAAACCGGAAUGCCAUAUAGAGAAAGAACGAUUCGAGGGUCAGACUUACAUCGUUUGCUCAGCCGUCGGCAAUCCAAAAGAGACGGAUUUCACUUGGUCACUGAAAAACGAAAACGACACGUUGGUGCAAGUCGCUGAAAUGCGAAACGGAAGAAGUUACAUGCUCCUUGAUACUUCAGUCACCAACUUUCGGACGUACGUGUGCGUGGCGAACAACACAAUCGGCCAUUCUGAAGUGUGUGAACGCGACGUACCAGUCCACCAUGGAACUAAAAGUCAUAUAGUUUGGUGGUAUCAAUUGGAAGGUUAUCUGUUACUGAUCAUCGUAGUGGCGGUAGUCAUGAUAUUAGCCCUAAUACUAAUCUGUGUGGCCAUUUACAUCGCGUGCCGACGGAAACGCAGCCAAAUGAAAUACAGUACUCGGGUGGUCGAGCUGGAGGAACGCGAACAUCCAGACGGUGGACCGCCCAGUCCGACGGUAUCCUCACACUCGGUGCAAAGCCCGGCGCAGCCAACCCCGGCGCCAAGGUGGCCCUUGAAGCCGGGCGUGCUGGUGCACAUCAAUCGAACUCACAGCCUGCGAUCUGGCCUGAGCGUUCGCGCGAACGAGGCUAAUCUGUGUAACGAGCUAGUGGGCAAACAUAACGACGAACCGCUCAGGCAAGGGUUCCUCGACGAGACGUCGUUGUCGUCGAUUGGCCGUAACCCGACGCGGACGGUAUUCCGUCGCGGUAGGAAAGAUCAAACCGCGCACAGGACAGUCAGCAUGGCCAGUCUGAACGAGGACGGUAUGCUCGCCCGGACUAACAAGAUAAAAGCGAUGUUUGGUGUACAGCUCAAAGAGCAAGCCACCUUACCCGGUAUAUCCAGAGAAAAGACAGGUAAGAGCAGUAGGAAAGGAGUCGAGCUAUUUGCCCACUUUGCGAGGUGUCAUCCGACCCAUUUGUAUUUGCAACUACUUGCCUGGAGGCCGUCGACCUCUCACAAGAUUUUCGAACCUGGCACCUUAAAGCCUUUUAUAAAUGUGAGUCAUCUAUUUAUUUUUAACUUAAUUUAUUUUUAACUUAUAUUUAUUUAAAACUUGUGUGAUACGCUUAUGGUAAUAUUAGAUAGAUAUAUGACCUCUAAUCUAUACUAACGGAUGCAAAUAUUUGCGAAUGCAAAUGGGUUGAACAAACGGCUCUUCCAUAUCGGAAGUCAACCAAAUAUAUAUCUCUGACCUAUUCUAUGUUCAUAUGAUGUUAAUCAUCCACAGUAAGCCAAUAACAAUCGUUUUAUCUUUUUAUAUGAAAAAAUUUCACGCUCAAGUCUGUAUUGUCAACCUUAGUGGUAUAUUUUAUCAAUAUCUUCGUUAUACGAAUAAUAUUAUUCUCAGUUAUAUCUCACCGAUACUUCGGAGUAUUGAUUUUACUGUGCAUCAGUUGAACUUCUUCCUACAUUACUCUCUAAUUUUUUUUCUCUCCAACUGUCGUCACGGGGGUAAUAGUAGACUUUACUUUUCCAUCAUUAUCCGUGACUCUUCCUUCAGAACUUUUUACAGACUUUUACGUUAACAUUUCAGUUAAUGAAAACAUUACCGUGCUACUAGAAAAUACGUGGUGCGUGUUUUCUACAUGUAUUGCAAACGACUUUGAAGCCUCAUUAAGCAUAUAGCUACGGAUGUGGCACGUAAUUAACUCUCUAACUUUUCUACACUGAUCCCGGUAGAAACUUUAUGUUCCAGGGAAUGUUCAGCCUUAAUCUGCAUCAAACGAUGUUUAUUCGAAAGUAUUAUUCACAAACUUUAUUAUUAUUACUUAAAAUCACUUGCAAAUUAAAAUAUGAAAAUAUUUGAAAACAAAACAUCAAUACAAAGUCCGUAUUAAAAUUAAACUGUGUUAACAAAUAAGUGUUAAGAAAAAAAUAUACGUUAAAUAUUAUUUGACAAUUUAUAUACAAAUUAUGUAUACUCACGUAUUUUCCACUGGCGCAAAAGUACAUGUUAUUACACUUUCAAGUUUUUAUGAUAUAUUCUAAAUGCGAAAUAUAGUUUUACAUACACACAUUUACAUAUGCAUUUGCAUAUGGAUUUUAUAUGUAUAAACAUUAAGCUGAUUUGUCAUUUUUUUGUACUUUAAAAAAGUUAUGCAUAUACAGACAUUCUCAUGUCUUUUUACAUUUUUAUGGAAAUAUGCAAUUGCAUAUUUUAUUUAAUUAUUUAUAUAUCUAAUUAAAAUUAUUGUAUGUAAUAUAACUUUCUGAAAAGACAGGAAAAAUUAUUAAUUAAAGCAACGGGAAUAAGCGUCUAUAUUUCCUAGACACAAACAUAAUUUAUAAUUUUUACAUAUAAAUUAAAAUAAGAAAGAGAAACAAAAACUAAUUAAUUUCAAAAAGACUAAAACGGAAUUUACAUAAGUUUGUCAACCUCUUUAUCUGUAAUUAUUUUUCGGCGAUCUUAAAAUUUUAAUGUAAAACAUUUAUUCCAUUUAUUCUUAAUGUAUUCUUUAAUAUUUACGGUCAUUUACGUUUGCCUAAGCUGUCGCAUGAGGCUUUAUGUGUUUGUGAUGUCGCUCGUUGAUUGUAUGUUCCCUAGCUGUGACUUACAAGAGAAUUGUGCCGCGGCAGCGGAUAUUGCACGGUGCAGAGCCAUCGUACGAGCCGAAUCGGGGCAAUAUGUCUCGUAAGCGAAAAAAACCCGGAGCAGGUAUGUACAAAGAAAAUUUUUAUACAACGUAUGCAUGCUCGCAGUUUUACUUGCUGGCAUGCUUUGACUUGAAACCCCUGUCCAACCCCUUUUCUCCUUUUUUUGGUAGAUUUCUUUUCUAAAAAUUAUGUGUUACUUCAUGGCUGUACACGCGAAUACAUAUUCAUCACCGGCCAAAAAAGGAUAUACAGAAAAACAGAGAUAACACUCAUACGAACAUACGUGCGAAUGCCGCGGUCAUUAGUGUACGCAAUAGAGAAAUAUUUAGCCAUAGGUGAUAAGUGAUAACACACACGCCGCACGCAAGAAUUCAUAGUUUCGCAUAUAAAGUACACACAAGCAAUCGGCCACAUAAAUUUCACUUAUCACACAGCAACUAUUAAUCAUAGAUGUUAUCGAUUUUCUGAUUUAUACCACAGCUAUAAUUCCGCACGUUCCUUCUGUGGUAACAUUUAUCGCGAUAUUACUCUCUUUUCUACAUUACCAAAACUAUAUAAAUUCUCUUAUCGUGCGCAAUGCGUCGAAGUCCCUUUAACGAAAACACGUUGACGAGCAGACAAUGAUGAUUAUCAACUAUAAACGUUAUAUGAUAUUAUUAUUCUGCGUAUUGAUAUGUGAAGUGAACAUCACGAUCAUAAUAUUGUAAAAAAAAAAAAA